AUGCAGCCGCCCUCAUGUCUUCGCGUAUUGGUCAAACCUAGCUCACGACUACAGCUGUGCCUGCGGAAUGUCCGGCAGAUUCACUCUCCCGUAGCUGCUUCUGCCUCAGCGUCUACGCCUCUGCCAGCGCAUAACGCGCCUUACAGUCCGAGAUCACAUACUUGUGCUGCGCUAUCUGCGGCUGAUGCUGGUUCUCGGGUCACUCUACAAGGUUGGGCACUCCCCGCUCGAGUGCUGAACAAGCAUCGGGCCUUCAUCCCCUUGAAAGAUGCGCAUGGGACUACACAGCUGCUCAUAGAUGCAGAAAAGUAUCCUCAACUUGCAGGCCUGCCCGACUUACCUCCGGAGUCGGUGAUACACGUCGAAGGUACUGUGGUAGCCCGACCGAAAACCCAGCGUCGACCUGUCCCUGCCGGCGACAUCGAGGUGGCUGUAGAUGGCUUUACCCUUCUCAAUCCAACUCGGGGCAUGCCCUUCCUUCCGUCCUCCAAGUUCAACGUCCCUAGCGAAGAUAUCCGUGCCCAGUACCGCUAUCUUGACUUGCGAAGGGAUGAAUUGGCCGAUAACAUUCGCAAGCGCAGCAAGAUCGCCCGCGUCGUGCGUACAGUGCUCGAGGGCCACGGCUUUCUAGAAGUUGAAACACCGAUGCUCCUCAAGUCCACGCCGGAGGGAGCGCGCGAGUUCCUCGUCCCUACACGGCUUGGCGGCGCACGAUCGUACGCUUUGCCUCAGUCUCCCCAACAGCCCAAGCAGCUACUCGUGUGUUCGGGCGCGGUUGAUCGGUACUAUCAACUUGCGCGCUGUUUCCGAGAUGAAGAUGGUCGGAAAGAUCGCCAACCCGAGUUCACCCAAAUCGAUCUGGAAAUGGCUUUCGUUGGCUGGGGACCUCGCCCAAGAGACUUGCAAUCCGGAUGGAGACUUGGAGGGAGCGAAGUGAAGGACGUUGUUGAGAGCGUAGUCAGACAAAUAUGGUCGGAAACCGAGGGUAUCGAGCUUCCGGCAAGCUUUCAGGUCAUGACUUACGAUCACGCUAUGACCAGGUAUGGCUCGGAUAAACCGGACUUACGAUUCGGGCUCGAGAUCCAAGACGCUACUUCGUGGCUUCCAUCCGAGCUCGCCAGCGCUUUGAAUGCAUCAGGCCACGCUCUAGACUUUAUGGUCGUGCCCCAUGACUCGGAGACGUUCUUCAAGGCCGCGCGCAAGUGUGAGCUCGAGCCUGGUACGGUCCGCUCACAGAUCAAGGUUGGCGGUAACAUGAGCUGGGUAACUCAAUUGCCUAUCCUGCGCGACCUGCAAGAGCCCGGCAAUCAAACCGAUCUCAGCACUAGUUCCAUACCGACUUUGAACCCCGGCGACAUCGUCUUCCUAGCUAGGCGUCGUACGAUAUCGGAGGGUGGAUCAACAGCUCUGGGUCGGCAACGACUACGCAUUGCAAACGAAGCUGAAAAGCGAGAGACUUGGAAGCCGGCGGAGCAGCCCCCUCGUUUCCUCUGGGUCACCGAAUUUCCAUUGUUCACCCGGGCGGAUGCCGACAAGGAGUUCCUCGCUCAUGGACGCUGGAGUUCAUCACAUCAUCCGUUCACCGCACCCAUGGCAGAAGACGUCCCGAAGCUUUAUUCUGGGGACUACGCUGCGGUUCGAGGACAGCACUAUGAUCUCGUUCUGAACGGGGUUGAAAUUGGCGGUGGCUCAGUCCGAGUACAUGACGCUGACAUGCAACAAUACAUAUUCAGCGAGAUUCUCCAACUCUCCGAGAACGAAAACGAGCGGUUUGGACACCUCUUACACGCGCUACGCUGCGGCGCACCCCCGCACGGCGGUCUUGCUUUAGGAUUCGAUAGGCUGGUUGCGCUGCUUUGCAAUGCGUCAUCGAUCCGCGACGUCAUCGCCUUCCCAAAGACAGGCGCGGGCACAGACCCUUUAUUCCGCAGCCCCGCCGCUGUAUCGGAUGACACAUGGAAGGAAUAUGGCUUGCGAACACUUCGUCGGGACGAAUGA